UUUCCGAGAAAUCUUUGAACUAUUUUGUGACGGCGGCCAUUAGCUUUGUGAUCCGGUCCCACAUAAACAGAAGAGAGCAAGCUCGGCGCAGACAAAGGCUAGCUGUUGUGUAUUGCGGUGGACUGCGGCGUACUUUUUACAAAAUUGUGCGGUCAAACAGUGAUAUUCCACGGAAAUAUACAUUUCGGAUUGUGUUGAGUGACGUACAUGUGCAGACAACUCAUCGACAUGAGAGGACCAGUAGAAACACAGGCCAGAGAGGAGGUUCCCGAGCAGGAACAAGGGUUUGAGGACUUCCUAUGGAUGGAAAAUGAGGAGGACUAUGAUAGACAGGUUCUGCAGGAAUUGUGGGAGGAGGACUUCUUGGAGCAGUGUUUCCAGGAGAUGAUGCAUGAAGAGGAGGCCAGAAUCUGUCCAGGCUGGCAGGACGAGCAGCAGGCACCGCAGCAGCAGCAGCAGCAACAACAGCAGGCACCACUCCCUCAGUACCGGUACCCAGGUGGCAGUGUUUCCCAGCCCUGUGUGGCAGUGAACGGUGUGCACCCCCCUGUCAAUGGAGUGUGCUUACAGAUGGAGAACCUGCAACUGGCAGAGGCACAGCAGCCAAAACCAGAGGUUGCAACGAGCACCCUGAACCCAAACGCACCAGAGUUCGUUCCGAAGAUGCGUAGCUAGGCGCCGAGAGUAACUAAAAACCUUUCCACUUUGUUACAUGUGCAGAGAAUUGCCUUUCACUUAAACCACCAACCCUUGCACCCCUGUCUUUUGAAGUGGACUGUCCUGGAGAUAAUAUGAGAAAAAAAGAUUUUGAUUUUAUGACAGGGUAUUGUUCACAAUGUGAUCAUUGUGUCCAUUGUUCAGAAUAAGAUAUAGUCUUAACCCAAACCUUAACAAAAGCACAUUCAUGGCAUUUUUUCAGUAGCGUUUUAGCUACCCAAGUAUAUGUGUGACUGUAUCAAGUGUAUAUGUAACAUUUCUUGGCGUCAUUGCACUCUGCUUUGUAUCCACCAACAAUUUUAAGUUGGAGAUAUUUUGCAUGAAGAAGAACCAAGAUCAUCAAGAACUUGAAGAUGUAAAAAGAUACCUUUUUGCUUAAACAUUAUGCAUUCAAGUUGAAAAAUCUGUCACUGGGCUGCCAUUCUUGUUUAACAUUCCUUGAUGGUAACGUGGCUCGUAAAAAAAGCCGUUAAGAGUUGCUGCUAUGAAAUAAACCAAAAACAAGGAACUGAAAACAGCAGUUUGUUUUAGGACCAAUGUAGGUUUCUUCCUCCUAAUUGCACAAACUUUGUCAAGAGGCAGUGGUUGUGCCAGGGUUGUGGUUUAAGUGAAUUCUAUGGAUUGGACCUCUGAGUAAUGAUAUAGCUCAUAUGUGUAUUGUGUACUACUGAAUUUAUGUAAAGCUUGGCAGAGAAUAUACAAAAAAGUUUAUUUUCAAAAAAAAGCUGCAAUAUUUUUGUGGAGACGGUGAUUUUGAAUAGAGUUGGUUGGAGAGGGUAAAAAUUUAUUAUGAAUCAAUUUUACUUUUGAUGCUGCACUGUUGAUGCAAGGAGAGAGAGUGCAAGAAUUUUUUUUCCGUUCUUCUUUUUCUUUUAUAGAUUUUACAUAAAAGUGCUGUACCUUUGGUUAAGUAUGCAUAUGAAACCUUGUACAUUACGUACUGUGCCAAAGGCAUGCAUAGUGAAAGGUUUGAGUUUGUUUAUUUUUGGCGACGCCUUCGGGGCAGAACCGAACAUCCUUAUUUUUCAUUCGUCGCCAUGGGACUCAAGAAUGUGACAAAGACUUGUUACCAUUCCUGAAAUGUGGGGGAAUUCUACCAGGGCGUAAACGACAGCUCUCCUUGUCUUCAACUGCAUCGAAAUUGAAUGCCAGAAAGUACUAAUCAAAAUGAAGUCUUGUCAUUCUGUAACCAGUUAUUAUAGUCUAAACUGGUCAUAAAAACAGGGUUGAAGUGACAGCUGGAUUUAGAUUGAGCUGGUGUUGUGGAUUGGCUGAAUAUCUGUAUAAAAUCUGUAAAAAGGUUGGAAAUUCCCUAUGCUUCAAAGCUGCCUCUCAUUUGGGUAGUUUUCAGUUACCCUACAUGUAAAUUCUUUUGGACCUCAUGUAUGCAUAAUACACAAACACAUAUUUUUCGGUCCUUUUAAAAUUCAGUAUUCAGAAAUCCUUGGAAAUAAGACUGGUACAGUUUUGUCUGUAUCAACUCAAAACAUAUUUGGUAUCUCACCAGUGUUCAAACAUAAGUAUCUCACCAGUGUUCACAAUAUCGGUAUCUCACCAAUGUUCAAAUCGUUGGUAUCUCACCAAUGUUCAAAACAUCAGUAUCUCACCAAUGUUCAAAACAUCGGCAUCUCACCAGUGUUUUUGGUGUCACACAAAAAUGACUGGCAGCUAGUUAUGGGGUUCAGACACUACUUCCAAGUCCUGAAUGCCACUAUGAACUAAAAAUGGGACAACUGAUUGAUUUUUGUUUUGAAACAGGAGUAAUGAUGAAUUUUUUUGUAUGAAGUAUGAUCUGGAUUUUGGUACUAGGGCUGCAUUUGUGUGAGGAAAUGAUCAGGACUAGGUUGGUUAGCAGCGUGAUUUUUGUUUGCUAAGAGAUGAUAAGCAAUGGAGGUGUAUCCACGAAUUUGGGCUUUGCAUCGCUUUUCAUUUAACACACAUUGUGGACCAACCGAUUGAGAAGCAUGUGUGUUUUUGCUCUGUCUACAUUCUUUUAGGGAAGUUGCCAAGACUUCUUCAUGAAAAGAAGGACCACUAGUGUUAGAUCUUUAAAAACAGAGUACUUCAUUGCACAGAAUUAUACUUGAGUAUAAUAAAGGAGUACAAAAGUUUUGGUUAGGUAUAGCUUUUGCCUGGUGCAUUUGUCUAUAGCAAUGACUAAUAAAUUUCAUUGCAACUUCGUCAGACAACAAAAUUUCACAAUGUACAUUUCACAAAAUGAUUGUCAAUUCUCAUAUUAUGAAAAAAACAUUUUAACAACUUUCUGUCACAUGCUCUGUGCUGUUUGCUUUUUUUUUUGAGUGAAAUGCUGUUGACAGUUUUUUGGCAACACCUUCGGGCGUAGCCUGCUUUGUUACAUGAAAAGCGGUGCAACAGUCCAGGCUUUCGAAAGAACGUGUUACGGAAAGGAUUACUAGUAUUGUCAACUGAGUAAAAGAGGAGAUGCAGAAGUAGUGAUGUGUGAGCACCAAGUACGGAGAACUUCUCUCUUGCCAAGCAUUAAAAAUGGGAGUAUAUAAAAAUGUGGAAUUUGUUGCGAAUGGCAAAUAAAGACUUUGUAUAGCCAAA